UCUUGUAGCACCACAAUGGACACCUCUAGCCACAGUCUUGUUCUUCUCCAGCAGCUGAAUAUGCAGCGCGAAUUUGGUUUUCUUUGUGAUUGCACUGUCGCCAUUGGAGAUGUUUAUUUCAAGGCCCACAGAGCAGUGCUGGCCGCUUUUUCCAACUACUUCAAGAUGAUAUUUAUUCACCAGACAAGUGAAUGCAUAAAAAUUCAACCCACAGACAUCCAGCCCGACAUAUUCAGCUACCUGCUGCACAUCAUGUACACGGGGAGAGGGCCGAAGCAGAGCGUGGACCACGGCCGCUUGGAGGAAGGGAUUAAAUUCCUCCACGCGGACUACCUUUCUCACCUGGCGACUGAAGUGAACCAGGCGCUUUCGCCGGAGACCGUACAGUCGUCAAACCUGUAUGGGAUUCAGAUCUCCACCGCCCAGAAAGCAACAGUGAAGGAAGGCCUGGAGGCGAAAGAGAACCCCUCCGGCAAGAGCGCUCCCAGAACCGCAGCCCCGGGCGAUCACCACCAGUUGCAGCUGUCUCUCGCCAUUGGGCUGGACGACGGCACCCCGGGCCAGCCGAUCCCCCGUCCCGCGGCCCCGCCGCCCGAAGAGCUCCCGAUAACCUCGGUGUCGGUAAAGCAGGAGAGGUGUGACGCCGAGUCCGUGGUCUCCCCGAAUCACCCGUCGUCCUCCUCCGAGAUGACGGGGCCCGCUUCCGCGGAGAGCAGCGCCAGGAGGCCCCUGUGCCAGUACUGCGGGGAACACUUUGACUCUCGCAACCGCUUACGAGAACAUCUGCACACUCACGUGUCCGGGUCCCUCCCGUUCGGCGUCCCGGCCUCCAUCCUGGAAAGCAACGACCUCGGGGACGCCCACCGUCCGGGCGCCGACUCCGGGGAGGCCCUGGAAGGCCGGAGGCUCGGCACCUUCAUCCUGAAAGAGAACGAGCGAGGGCCGGCCCAGCCCGGCGGCUGCGACAACAGCCUCGAGCCUCUGCAGAUCGGUCAGUUGUCCCUGAUCUCCAAAGACACCGAGCCCGUGGAGUUGAACUGCAACUUUUCUUUCUCGCGGAAAAGGAAAAUCAGCUGCGGCGUCUGCGGUCACGCGUUCCUGCGGAAGAGCCAGCUGCUGGAGCACAUGUAUGCUCACAAAGGGCAACCGUACAAGUAUAGCCGCUGCCCAAGGUUCGGCAACGCACUGGCCCAGAGGUCUCAGCCUUACCGUGACAGCUGGGCCGACGGGCCGCACAAAAGUUUCGGCCUGCCUCAGGACCACUUAGAUUCGCCCUGUGCUUUGGAGUCGGAUCUCACGCAAGAAAACGUGGACACUAUCCUUGUAGAGUAGCUACUCUCCCCUCAGAACUGCCGUUCCAUCUUUCGUUCAGAAAAACGUCAGCCUAGCCAGCCUUUUUAUACCUCAUUCAUUUUUUCACUCAUGGAGUGGAGCGAACUCUUCCUCCCACCUGCUGGAAUUUUAGUCGCUAGUCUACCGACAAGCUUCGUCCGUGAGAUUCAGCUGUAAAAAACACACUUUCUUCAUGCUGUAACAACAUACGAGCUGCAAGAUAAUAAUAAUAAUAAUAAUGAUGGCAUUUGUUAAGCGCUUAC